AUGGUUAUGAGGUGCUAUCAUUGCUCUGUGGAAAACACCUUCCACUGCCCUGCAGAAACUGAUUGUCCUGACAAUUUUAGACGCUGUGGGACAAUUGCCAUGCGUAUGAACUCUCGGCAGCUCUUAGUCUACAAAUACUGCAUGGGUAACUGCACGUUUAUGCUUGUUCAGCCUCCACCAACCUUUAGAAGGCCUACAAGCGCCAAUAGCUUCUACUUUUCCUAUUGCUGCUCAGGUAUUUUUUGCAAUGAUGGAGGACCUACUAAUCUAGAGAGGGACUUGCUACCCCCUCGUGUGGUUGAGGAAGAUGUAAUUGCAAGAGCUGUGCGUCUGGGGCAGUUCAACCUUCUCCUGAGCCUUGUCUUAAUCCUCUCUAGCAGCAUUCUGACCUGA